AACUUCCUCCCGGGAUCAGCUGAUGGAAAAUGGGCAGAGCGGCUGAACCAUUCCUCCCGGCCCGCCAUGGGUGGGACAAGACGGGAGGAGAAAGGACUCCCUGGCGCGUCCCAGGGGCUCACAGCACCGGCGCCGCCCUGAUGCACUCGCUGGGGGUGCGGCCCGGAGCCAUGGUGAUCAUGUCCGAGUUCAGCGCGGCCCCCGCGGGCUCAGGCCAGGGCCAGCAGAAGCCCCUCCGCGUGGGCUUCUACGACAUCGAGCGGACCCUGGGCAAGGGCAAUUUCGCGGUGGUGAAGCUGGCCCGGCAUCGAGUCACCAAAACCCAGGUUGCGAUAAAAAUAAUCGAUAAAACACGAUUAGAUUCAAGCAACUUGGAGAAAAUAUAUCGUGAGGUCCAGAUCAUGAAGCUGCUGAAUCACCCUCAUAUCAUAAAGCUUUAUCAGGUUAUGGAAACAAAGGAUAUGCUUUAUAUCGUCACUGAAUUUGCAAAAAACGGAGAGAUGUUUGAUUAUUUGACUUCCAAUGGGCACCUAAGCGAGAAUGAAGCCCGGAAGAAGUUCUGGCAGAUUCUGUCGGCCGUGGAGUACUGCCACAGCCACCACAUUGUUCACCGGGACCUCAAGACCGAGAACCUACUGCUGGAUGGCAACAUGGACAUCAAGCUGGCAGAUUUCGGAUUUGGGAAUUUCUACAAGUCAGGAGAGCCUCUGUCCACGUGGUGUGGGAGCCCCCCGUACGCAGCCCCGGAAGUCUUCGAGGGGAAGGAAUAUGAAGGCCCGCAGCUGGACGUCUGGAGCCUUGGCGUCGUGCUGUACGUCCUCGUCUGCGGGUCUCUCCCCUUCGAUGGGCCCAACCUUCCGGCUCUGCGGCAGCGCGUGCUGGAGGGCCGCUUCCGCAUCCCCUUCUUCAUGUCCCAGGACUGUGAGACGCUGAUCCGCCGCAUGCUGGUGGUGGACCCCGCCAAGCGCAUCACCGUGGCCCAGAUCCGGCAGCACAGGUGGAUGCAGGCCGACCCCUCCCUGCUUCGGCAGGCCUGCCCCGCCUUCUCUGCGCUCAGCUACAACUCCAACCUGGGCGAUUACGACGAGCAGGUGCUGGGCAUCAUGCAGACCCUCGGGGUCGACCGGCAGAGGACGGUGGAGUCGCUGCAGAACAGCAGCUAUAACCAUUUUGCUGCCAUUUAUUACCUCCUCCUCGAGCGCCUGAAGGAGUAUCGGAACGCCCAGCCGUCGGUCCGCCCCGGCCCAGCCAGGCAGCCGAGGCCCAGAAGCUCAGACCUCAGCGGCUUUGAGGUGCCUCAGGAAGGGCUCCCCGGCGAUGCUUUCCGGUCCGCCCUGCUGUGCCCGCAGCCCCAGAGCCUGGGGCAGUCCGUCCUGCAGGCUGAAAUGGACUGUGACCUCCACAGCUCACUCCAGCCCCUAUUCUUCCCUGUGGACACCAACUGCAACGGAGUGUUCCGGCAUCGCUCCAUCUCCCCCACCAGCCUGCUGGACACGACCAUCAGCGAGGAGGUCAGGCAGGGCCAGGGCCUCGAGGAGGAGCAGGAGGCACAGAUGCCCCUGCCCAGCAGCUCAGGCCGGAGGCACACGCUGGCCGAGGUCUCCACCUGCUUCUCCCCGGGCGCCCCUCCCUGUAUAGUCAUCUCCUCCUCUGUGGCGAGUCCUUCUGAAGGCACCAGCUCCGACAGCUGUCUGACCUCAGCAGGUGAUGGCCUGGUGGGGCUCAGCGGACGCCUGGCCACUCAGGGUCUGCUGGGCACCUGCUCCCCACUCCGACUGGCCUCACCACUCCUGGGGGCCCAGUCGGCCACACCAGUGCUCCAGGCGCAGGGGGCCCUGGGGGGAGCCACCCCGCUCCCCGUCAGCUUCCAGGAAGGCCGGAGGGCGUCGGACACCUCACUCACUCAAGGGCUGAAAGCCUUUCGGCAGCAGCUGAGGAAGAAUGCGCGGACCAAAGGGUUUCUGGGGCUGAACAAGAUCAAGGGGCUGGCUCGCCAGGUGUGCCAGCCCUCCUCCUCCAGCCGGGCCACCAGGGGUGGCCUGAACGCCUUCCAGCUGCCCGCGCCGAGCCCAGGCCUGCACGGCAGCGGGGCCAGCAGCCGGGAGGGCAGGAGUCUGCUGGAGGAGGUGCUGCACCAGCAGAGGUUGCUCCAGUUGCAGCAUCACCCGGCAGCCCCACCCACCUGCCAGCAGGCCCCGCUGGUCCUCGCCCCCUGUGACGGCGCCCUCCUGGUGUCUGGACUCCAGAGGGGGCUGGGGCUGGGGCCCGGCACACUGCUGCCACCCCACCUCCUGCAGGCUGGGGCCUCCCCCGUGGCGUCGGCAGCCCAGCUCCUGGACGCCCACCUGCACAUCAGCCCCACCUCAGCCCCGCUCCCGGCCGCCACUCCCCUACAGCCGCCCUUCGCCAUGUUGCCCCCGAGGUUUGACCCCACGGGGCUGCCUCAGGGGGACUGUGAGAUGGAGGACCUGACCUCCGGCCAGCUGGGCACGUUUGUCCUGGUGCAGUGAGGGACACGGCGGCUGCCCGCCCCGUGGCACCAGCCGACCGACUUUUCCAAGCAAUAAUUUCAGAGUAUGUGAAGACGUUUCCGGACUCAAAGCCAAUAACUUUCUAGAAGCGAAACAAGCAAUACGUUUGGUGUUUUGGCUUUUUAGUUACUUUUUGUUUUACUUUUUCCUUGCACUGAGCAACUGCAACUAUGAGCAGGGACUGGAAACUUUUUGGAGAAAAAUAAUAAUCGAGGGGCGUGUUGUUGGGGCGGGUGGACGGGAAGGGGGAAGGAGGGCAAUGGGAUAAGGGACGACUGGGCUGGGCUCGCCAGGCCAGCGCCACUGCGGAUCAGCUGGCCAUGGGAGGGGACUGGAGCCUCCCUCAACCACGGACGCCUCGGACAAGGAAACUGUGGUGUGAGCCGCGGCCGUGGAACUGAGUGGGUGCGUCUCCCUCCGCGUGCGUGUGUGCGGGUGUGCACGUGUGGACUAGUAACGUUUUUUUUUUUUAGUUAACAAUCCUCCAACUUCCUGAAACAUUUAUGCUUCAAAUGAAAACUGUGAACUUUCCACUUUAUGUAUUAGUUUUUAAAAAGCUCUAACAGCCAUCCCAGGAGAAGAUAAUCUACAAAUUUCUCGGAAUUCUUUCCCCCGACAUCAGAACCCAGAGGAUCCUUGUUUCUUACUCCAGAUGAGAAGUUUUGCAAACUGCUCCAGGGUCACUUUUCCAGGAUUCUCCGGAGGAGCCACAAGGAAGAAGCUGGAGGGGGCGGGAUGGCUGAGGUGGGGCUCUGUCCAGGGCCCCUUGGCGUGGAGCCCUAGGCGCCUUCCAGGGAGCCAGAGAGCUUCCUCCUGCUGUGCAUCUCUUUUCCGCUGCUAAUUGAGUUUUGAUGCAUUUCAUUAUCAGGGUCCAUAAAGAACAACUGACUGGGGGAAUGUGCAAUAUGGCGAGGCUGUGAGCAGCGCGGGCACGGGCGGCAGAGGGGUCACACCGUGACUCCACUGCCCUCGGCCGGGUCAUGCUCGGUGGCCAGCCCCACCUCAUCCAGGCCCCGGCGUGUUAGGCUUCCAUUCAAGGAACGUGAGAUGAGAGGUUAGAUCAGUGUUGUUCCAGCUUUGUUCCUUUUUUCAAGCGAAUACUGUGUCUGUAUAUAAAUAGGAGACAAAUACACACUACUUAUUUUUUAUAUUUUUUACUACACUUUUGUGUUCCCGGUUUAAAUUUCCCUCUCUGGUAGCACCAGGUGGGCGUGGAGGGGGACAAGGGGCGUCCUUCCCUGGCGGGUGAACUCUGGGGUGGCACUGUCAGCGAGAGGCCUCUCCAAUGGACGCCGCACACGCCCUCGGCCCUGGUCGUCCCCGUCCCUUUGCCAACCCAGGUGCCUUCAGCUCACUUCGGCUCUUAGAACCUGCGGUGUUAAGGAGGCAGCGCCGGCGGGUGGGAACCAGGGCACCUGUAGAGGCCACAGACGGCUGAUUCCCAGCGGCGGGGCGGUGGGCCGGCCCGCGUCUGAGCGGCUGCUGAGCCGGGUGCUCCCCUCUGCCCGCCGCCCCCGUUGCUGUUCCUGACCCGGCGGGGACUGUCCUCGCUCCUGGCUGCAAAGAAGUCCCCAAAGCCUCCUUCUGACUUGCAGAGAAGGUUCCGGACAGACAGGAGGGGGACUCCGGACGUCCUGGGCCGCCGCGGCCUUCACCUUCAGAGUCACGGAGGCAGCACAGUUGUUCCCAACGCCAAACUGCAUCCCCUUUUAAAACGACUCUCUGUCCUAACGCCAGAGAUCAAAGGCCUCCGACCCGCGACAAGCACUUUACUUUCUCGGUAGUUUCCUCUCGUUGCUGUGAGUCAUGUUUCCGUGUCGUGUCUGCCGGUGUGUGCGGCGUGCGUCCCGCCGGUUCCCCGACCGCGCCGUGCCGCGCACCGAGUGCGGCCGCCUGUUUAAAGGCUCCGCGUGAUCUGGUUCAGGUGUAUAUAGUUUGUUUUUUUACCGUAACUGAAUUAUUUUAUUUCUUAUGUUCACAUGAGAAAUGUAUGCCAAAUGAUUAGUGGAUGUAUGUUUUUUAAUUUAAUAUUUAAAUAAAAUAUUUGGGGAGAAAAACCCUUGACUUCUUCCCUC